AAAGAGAGAGAGAAGAUCGUUGAGAAAAAGAAAAGGCUUUAAAAUCCGGCGUCCUAUGCGCCCCGGUUCCGUAACAAGCUCAAGCUGCAUGCAUAGAAGCGCAUUUUUGUUCUAUUUCGGUCUCCGUCUCCUGCGCUCUCAGAGUGAGAACCAGAACAUCCCCCCCCCACUCCCUUUUCAGAUUUGGAUCGUGGGUUGUUGAGUCCUUCCAGUGGUAUAUAGGGAUUUGUCGAGGAAACGGGUUUUGAUUUGAUUGGGAUCAAUGGCAGCUCUUGUGCCUCCCGGGGCACCUAGGCCCAGCAAUGGUAACAAUAACCCAUCCCAACCUCCACCACAUAACUACAACCCUAAUUCAAAUCCCAGUUCGCUAGCAGAUAAUUUGAAUGGUUUGAAUCUCAAUCGGCCACCUUCCAUGCUGAAUUCGGCUCCUAGGGCUUCCCCCUUUGGCCAGCCACCUCAUUUUCCUUCAUCAGCUCCUCCGCCUGGCGUUCCUGUUGCGUCCCCACCAUUUGCCCGGCCUGGUCCACCACCCGGUGCACUUGCAAGACCCAUAGUGCCUCCAACAGGACCCCCACAGUCUACAUUGCCUCCCAAUGUGGCCCCACCAGCAAGACCCACAGGGCCACCCAUCGGCCAGCCUUCACCUUUUGGGUCAAGAACCCUUCCUGGGUCUUUCCCAUCGUCGGUGGGAACUAAUGUGCCACCUCGUCCUGGUGCUUUCCAAUCUUCAGGUUUGCCAAGCCGUCCAGUUGUUUCAGCACCACCACCGGGUACCCGCCCGAUCACUGGCUCUCCUACUUUGACAACUGGUCAAACAUUUCCCCAUUCAAGUGCACCAAGUGGUUAUGUGAGUAAUGGGCCACCAGCAUUCAUGUCAGGGACUUUGCAGGGUGGGCCUCGGUUUCCUCCAGCUGGCAAUGCACCACAACCACCUAUUGGACCUCCACCAACAUUGGGGUUGGCUGGGGCUGCUCCUCAGACUGCAAGCAUGCGUUCUCUUCUGGCUAGUUCAACUGUUGUUGCUCCUCCUGGUCCUACUGUACAGCCAACAUCACCAUUUUCAGCCCCUCCGCAGGGUGUUCCGCAGCCUCCAGGUCCUUAUGGGUCACCAGCAUGGCCGAUGCAGACUGGGCAAGUGGGUCCAUCUCAACCUACUGGUUCAGUGCAACCGCCCAGGAUGUUUGGAAUGCCACCACCAUCUCUUCCAAAUCAAUCUAUGACUGCCAUACCUGCACUGGGUCAAACUGGAGCCCCGGUCUCAGGGACAUCGAAGAUUGACCCUAAUCAAAUUCCAAGGCCCAUUCCGAGUUCCUCCGCUAUCUUGUUUGAAACCCGUCAUGGAAAUCAGGCCAAUCCUCCUCCACCUGCUACAAGUGAUUACAUUGUCAGAGACACAGGGAAUUGCAGUCCACGUUACAUGAGGUGCACCAUCAGUCAGAUUCCUUGUACUGCUGACCUUUUGACAACAUCAGGGAUGCAGUUGGCCUUGUUGAUCCAACCUUUGGCCCUUUCUCAUCCAUCUGAGGAGCCUGUCCAAAUUGUAGAUUUUGGGGAUAUUGGUCCUGUUCGAUGUUCUCGCUGCAAAGCCUACAUAAAUCCUUUCAUGAAGUUCAUUGAUCAGGGAAGGCGGUUCAUCUGUAACAUUUGUGGAUAUACUGAUGAGACUCCCCGUGACUACCACUGCAACCUGGGUCCAGAUGGUAGGCGUAGAGAUGCUGAUGAAAGGCCUGAGCUAUGUAGAGGAACAGUUGAAUUUGUUGCUACCAAGGAAUACAUGGUGCGUGAUCCCAUGCCAGCUGUUUAUUUCUUUCUCAUUGAUGUAUCCAUGAAUGCCAUACAAACUGGUGCAACUGCUGCUGCUUGCAGUGCAAUCAGUCAAGUUAUUUCUGAUCUUCCAGAAGGUCCUCGAACGAUGGUUGGAAUUGCAACAUUUGACUCCACUAUCCAUUUUUACAAUUUGAAACGUGCACUGCAACAGCCACUAAUGCUAAUUGUUCCUGAUGUCCAAGAUGUUUAUACUCCUCUGCAUACUGAUGUCGUUGUUCCGCUCUCUGAGAGCCGUCAACAUUUAGAGCUAUUGCUGGAAAGCAUCCCAACCAUGUUUCAUAACAAUAGAACUGCUGAAUCAGCCUUUGGUGCUGCAGUCCAGGCUACUUUCUUGGCAAUAAAGAAUAGCGGAGGAAAACUUUUGGUAUUUCAAUCAGUCUUGCCAUCAACUGGCAUUGGAUCGCUUUCUGCUAGAGAGGCUGAAGGGCGGACUAAUAUUUCUGCAGGGGAGAAGGAGUUCCACAAAUUACUCCAACCAGCAGACAAAACUUUAAAGACAAUGGCAAUUGAAUUUGCUGAGUAUCAGGUCUGUGUUGAUGUAUUUAUUACUACCCAGACUUAUAUAGACAUCGCUUCUAUCUCUGUCAUACCAAGAACUACUGGAGGACAGGUUUAUUAUUAUUACCCAUUCUCAGCUGUUUCUGAUCCUGCGAAGCUUUACAAUGAUCUUAGAUGGAAUAUCACAAGGCCUCAAGGUUUUGAGGCAGUGAUGCGUGUGAGAUGCAGCCAGGGUAUUCAAGUUCAAGAAUACCAUGGAAACUUUUGCAGACGCAUCCCGACAGAUGUUGACCUACCUGGGAUUGACUCUGACAAAACCUUAAUGGUAACAUUAAAACAUGAUGAUAAGUUGCAGGAUGGCUCAGAAUGCUCUUUUCAGUGUGCCCUUCUUUACACCACUGUGUAUGGCCAAAGACGAAUUCGAGUCACAACUUUAUCUCUCCCUUGCACCAAUAUGCUAAGUAAUCUUUUCCGUUCAGCUGACUUGGACACUCAAUUUGCAUGUUUCUUGAAACAAGCGGCAAGUAAAAUUCCUUCCACUCCACUCUUGCAAGUCCGGGAACAAGUGACAAAUCUUUGCAUCAACGUUCUGCUUUCAUAUCGUAAAUUUUGUGCUACAGUAACAUCGUCUGGACAGCUUAUUCUUCCCGAGGCACUUAAACUCCUGCCUCUAUACACCAUUGCAUUAAUGAAAAGCACAGGACUGCGAAAUGAUGUGAGAAUAGAUGAUAGGUCUAUUUGGAUCAACUGCGUAUCCUACCUCUCUACUCCUUUGGCAAUUCCACUGGUGUAUCCCAGGAUGGUGGCUAUCCAUGACCUUAACUCAAAGGAUGAGGAUGAAUCUCUUGUUCCUCCUGUGAUUCCACUUUCUAGCGAGUAUAUUAACGAACAGGGAAUAUAUCUUCUUGAGAAUGGUGUGGACUGUUUGAUAUAUGUUGGGAACUCCGUGGAUUCAAAUAUCUUGCAACAACUGUUUGGGAUCUCCUCGGCUGAAGAAAUCUCUACUCAGUUUGUGUUACAGCAAUAUGACAAUCCACUAUCACGGAAGGUAAAUGAUUUGGUAAACGAAAUACGGCGGCAAAGAUGUUCCUACCUCCGCUUAAAAUUGUGCAGGAAAGGAGAUCCAUCAGGAGCAUCGUUCCUCUCCCAUAUGGUAGAAGAUAAGAAUCCAAUUGGCCCCUCAUAUGUCGAGUUUCUAGUUCAUGUCCACCGGGAAAUCCAAAUUAAAAUGACAUCUUGAUCAUGUUCACGCUUCUUCCGUGUGAUAUAAAAGUUCUGAUCACCUCCGGUCGUGGCACUCUUGAAGAAAAAAACAGGAACUCCAAUUUGCUAUUUAUAUAUUGGCCAUCUCCCGAGUAUUAUCAAUUUGUUAAAAGUAAUCAGAGAUGACUUUUGCUACAAGAGGUUUGUUAGAUUAGGUAUAUUUUGUGAACAUUGGUGGUAGGCAGUACAAAUUAAGGUUACAGUUGUGUAUUUGUCACUAUUUUGAUCGCCUUCCCCCUCCAAAAGGGGGCGUAUGGGAAAGAGUUUGAACGGUUUUUUGUUGUUGAUUGCAGAUGGUAACUUGUAAUUUGCUGAUCGAAUAAGAAACAUGUAAAACAGAUGUUAGUCCAAUACAUAAAUUCUGGGAUCAGUUACUGAA